AUCGCUGGAACCAGAAGGCGAUGUUUUAAAAAAUCAAUAUGAAGGCCACAACGUGCGGGAGUUCGUGAAAGUUUAGCCAGCGUUAUUAGUCAAUGAUGUCGGGGCGUUGUGCACUCGAAUUGAUAGCCAAUAAUUCGCCAGGACUGCCGCCGCGGCAGUGACACAAGAUGGCCAACUGAAGGGCCCAAAAAGGAGUGCGCGAGAUCAGAAAAAAAGCGAGCCAAAAGCAGCAGCACCACCACCACCACCAACCAACCAGUCACCGAGUGAUGGCCUCCUCCACAUCCUCUGCGCGUGUGAACAACAAAGCAGCCACCGCCGCCGCGCCAGUUUCCUCCUCCUCGUCCGCUCCCGUUUCCGCUUCCGGUUCCUCCGCAGCAGCUCCUUCUGCGAAUCCAACUCCGCCAGCAGCUGUGACCCUAAGCGACCUGAUUGGCCAGCAGCUGAAGCAUCUGAAUCCCGAUGAGCUGCUCCACAAGGACGAACUGCAGCUGCUCCUCCUGCUGACCCCCGUGCAGCGCCAGAAACUGAGCCGCGACCUGGAGGAUGUCGAACUGGGGGCCAGCACCUCGGCGGCGCCACUUUCCCGUCCCGAAAACGCCGAGGACGAUGACGAUCUGAUUGGGGCGGUGGGCGGCCUGGGGAUUUCGUCCCCAACCACCACGACCAAGGAGCCGCUGCUGGAUUUUAGGCCACACGUACUCAAAUGGUUUCAACAUCUGCGCCACCAGACGGGCCACUUCAAGUCGGAGGAGGAGUCGCGUCGCCUGCGGGAGGCUGGCAACGAUUCGUACCGCAAGGAGCGGCAUCCGCUCAAGGCCAGCGAUCUCUUCACGGAGGCCAUCUUCCUGGCCCCCUGCCGGAACACCCUGGCCGCUGCCCUGGCCCACGCCAAUCGAUCCCUAGUCCUCUUCGAUUGCGGCCUUUAUGCGGAAUCCUACGACGACUGCCUGUGCGCCCUGGACCUCGGCUAUCCGGAGGAGUAUUUGCCGUUGAUUAAGCUGCGCCAAGCCGCCUGUGCCUUAAAAUUGCGCAACUUUGCGCUCUGCGAGGAGCAUCUGCACGAGCUCCUGCACAUUGAACUGAACCAGGUGUUCGAAGCGAGGACCCACGAGCUGUGGCACCAGUGCGAGGUGCUCAAGGUGGAGCGGUUCGAGAUGGCCGUGCAAACGGGCGAUGAUCUGGAUACCAACGAUUCGAAGGCCUUCGAAAUAGCCUGGUUGGACAACUCAUCGUCCCUUCACACCACACGGGCGUUGGCCAAGAACGCCCUGAUCUUCGAAUCCGAGGCGGUGGCCAUGGUGCCGAGCGGCAAUUGCCGGGUGUGCGACUACUGCGGGAUCACCCAGUUCAUACCCUUUCCCUGCAUUUACUGCUCCAACCGGCUGGUGGUCUACUGCUCCCGCCAGUGCCGCUUUAAGCACGCCGCCAUCCAUGCGGUGGAGUGCUUUGGCCACCAGAUCGAGCUCUUCGAGUCCUUCGGCGAGGUCUUCGGGCAGCCGCGACUCCUGCAGCUGGCCUUCCGGCUGCUGAUCACCGGUCUGCCCGAGAUGCUGGCCCAUUGCCGAAAGAAGCCGACGUUGAGCAAGCUCUGGUCAGCCAUUAAUGGUGGUCUGCAGGAGCGUCAGGAUAUCGCCUAUAGUUCGGUGCUCCGCUUGGAGAGAUUGAAGGAGGAGGGACGACCAACCGAUACGGUGAUUGCGCUGGCCCUUUCCGCGCACAUCCUCGCCAUUUACCUGAGCAAGUGCACCGUGUUCUUCGAGCAGCUGGAGAAGAGCCUGCCCACGGCCUCCCGGAUGUCCAGUGCCGAGUGGGAGUUGCUCUGCGCCGCCCUGCUGAUGCGUCACAUUGGCCAGCUGCGUCACAGGUCCCUCACCGCCUGCCGAUCCUUCGUCCUGCCCGCUGAUCCGCACGUCUUCUCGCCGCUCAACGAGUUCCAACUGUGGGCCGCACCGGCGCGCCUCCAGGAGGGCCACCUCCAUCUGCUGGCCGGCGAGGUGGCCGUCGUCUCGUACGCCGUCUAUCCGGAAACGCUGAGUCUGUGCCGGCACAGCUGCUCCUCCACCAUCUGCGCCAAGUUUUCGGGCCGCAAGGUGACCGCGUUGGCUCUGUUGGAUCUGCCGGCGGGCUCGGGGAUCUACAACUGCUUUGCCGGGGGCAACUACCAGCAGCUGAGGCGAGAGGAGCGCAGCAAGCAGCUCCAGGAGCGGGGGAUCAGGUGCCAUUGCAAGGAGUGCCAGCUAUCGCACGAGGAUGAUCAGUUCCACAAGUUUCAUCGCUACCGUUGUGAUAACCCCAAGUGCAUGGAAAUCUUCACGCCCAACGCUUUGCCGCAUGCCCCAAACCUCCGUUGGUGGCUCUCGGAGGAGUACACCCAGCCGGAGUGCAAUGGUGCCGAGCUGAUCCUGUGUCCGCAUUGCGGGGAAUCCCAGAAACUGGAGUGGUUCUGGGCCUUCACCACGUCCUUGAUCGAUUGCGAGCUAAUCGAGGAGCGCUGCAAACUGUACGCGGCCAUCGAGCGAGCGGAGAACCAACUGAUGGAUCUGCACGAGUGCAAGGUGGCGCUGGCCAGGCUCCUCCUGGAGCAGUGCCUCAUGGUGCACCGUGAGGGCGCCACCGUGCUGGACGACUGGGAGUUCAACAAACUGGGGUCCAUACUGCGCUCCGUACUGCCCACAGUGAUCGCCCAGUACGGCGGACAGUCGAUCGAGUACGUCAAGUACUUCGCCUACUUCUGGGAUGUGAUGGCCCUGAGCAAUUACAAGUGCAACGAUCGCGAGCUAAUGCAAAUGCUAAACGCUUUGGAGUUCAUCGCCGAUGAGUUUAAGGAUAUAUUCAUCAACUACUACGAGGAUUAUAUUGCGCCCAAAUUUGCUGAAGAGUCCUAUGGCAGUGUCGUAGAUACGCAAGUUUAGAGAAAGAGUAAACCGAAACAAUGAAGCGAGCAAAGUUAAAUAAACUUAGAUAUAUUUUACUCUGUAGCGAAAUGAAAUGAAAACGAAAAACACCCACAAAAAAUUCUAGGAAAAUUCUAUUGUUGACCCUUGAAAAAACAGAAAAAAGAGAACCAUAAAUGCAUAUAUACUUUGUGCUAUUAUUAAAAAAAAUGGUGCUGAGAUAUUAAAUUGUACGAAACGAAUGUUACAUUCAUUUAGGUGAUUAAGUCAAGGCAAAUAGCGUGCGAGAGAAAUCAAAAAGGAUCAUAUUUAGUAGAGAAUCAUAUCAUGCACACAUUAUGUUCAUAUCACACCUAGGAAAUUAUUAAUUAACUGAUUGAUUAUAUAUAGCAAAUGACUUUUUCAUUUUGCAUUGCGAGCAAUAUUUAUGAAUUAACAAAAAGCUACAAAGGGGGAACCUUUAUGGAAUACCCACUGUAUAAAAAUCCUUAAAAAUCUAUGAAAUUUAGUAAAAUUUAAACUUUGGAUCCCCAGGAUUUAUACAGUGAGUGGUUCCAAAGGGGGGAACUUAAUCGGUAGAUAGGCCGAAGCAAAUCUAAGUGUAAGCAUUAAUUUAGCUUCUGAGAAGCUUCUACCUAAGCGUAGCCACUGAUCUCGAUUGUUUGCCAGAAACACGACAAAUUGUUUUAUCCACAAAAAAACCCCUUACUCAAUCACUUACAUACAUAUGUAUUUGCUUGCCAUCGGGCAGCCUGACUGUAAGCUUUUAAUGCUUAAAAAUCAGAUAGGAAUCAAACGCAAUCACUGCAGAAACAAAAAAAUAAAAAACU